AUGCCUCGCCGCGGCCAUGAGCCCGACAUUGAGCUCGUCACCACCGGGCGCUCCAGCCGCAAGGACAGACGCAAGGACCGCCGCCGCCGCGAGGAACGAAAAGAACGCCGGCGCAUCGAGAAGGAAAACCGCUCUCGCGGGUACUGGCACAAGCUUUUGAACGCACUGUGCUUCAACAUUGCAGGUGUCCCAGCUGAGCAGCCCAUACCCAGGAAGAUGGGAAACUGCAAUAGCUCCCCCCGCACCGCUGGAAAGGACAAAAUGCGACAGAAGAAGCGUAGACACCGAUCAAAGAAGAGGAAGUCCAAAAAAUCCAAGAAAGGACCCGGAGACUAUCCGAUCUUGGUUCGCUUCUUCGGCUUCAAGGGCAAGAUGAAGCGGGCCCACCACUGCAAGCCCACUCACCACAACAAGAAGGGAAAGGAUGCUAUGCUGGUCUUCCACUAG